GCUCAUUCCUCUACCACUCAUGUGAUACAUUGACGGGCAUUUCAUUCAAAUCUCAGUUGCCAAUCUCCCAUUACAAUUCUUCCUAAUUUCCAGGUGCAUCAUUAAAGGCACUUUACCAGAGGGCAUGCAUAGUACGCAUGGAUCAAGUAUGGCUCUGUUCUUUGCGGGAAAACUUCCAGGCACAAGCAUUUAUUAAUGUCUCCAACACCUUCUGGGGAAGAUCCGUGGCAUUCAUUCAUAAAGGGCCCAUAUAAAAGAGCUGUUCCACUCAUUGACACGACAGAAUAACAUUGAACAGCCACACAUCACCUCUUACGACGCUACGGCGCCAGCAAUGUUACGGAUAUAGAUUGGCUGCUACAGUAUGAGUAAAUAAUUAAGAUUAAUGACUAUACAUGUGUACAUCGAAACCUUCCUAUAAUGCUCCGUCCCUUACUUAGGUAAACCAUAAUCGAGGGAGGCUGUUGGCAAUAGAGUGUGAGUCCCUGCAUAUCAGGUCAGCCAACACCCGUCGAAUCCUUUGUCCUCGACUGGCGAGUUUUGCGGCUUCGUCCCUCAACAUCUGCACAGCAUUCACUCUUCUGCAACAAACCCCAAACUGGAGUCGUUUCUCAAGGCUUAUCGCUAUCAAUCCAGUUACACAAUAUAGCACAGUAUUUCCUGGCCUGGCGCAGCCUCCACUGUUUCAACAGUUGAAUGCUUGGAUGCCCCAGAAAUAUCGACCUUCUGGACGCCGACGCCACACGCUAAAGUGCAGGCCCCUACCCCGUACCUGGCAACGUCCCUUCUGAGGCGCAGACGGACUGUCCGCUACUGUAUUGGACAGACGAGACACACUCCUAUUUCAGCUUCGACCCUUCUUGUUGGGUUUAUUAUCUUUGAAUACGUUCCAGAUCACCGGGCGAACGUGCAACACAAUCGGCCGCAAGCAGAAGACACUACCGCAGGUUUAAGCCGUACAAUAUCUAUACUCAACCUCGAAACAACCUGGUGUUGCUCUCACUCCCUUGAGACACCGCCAACUCUUCUUACGCUGCAUCGCUAAAAGCAUACGACCCAACACAGCCCAACCAAACAAAACAAAUAAACAUGUCUGCUGCUACAAAGAAGCCUCCGGCGGGUGGUGUUGGCCGGGUUUCUCAUACCGAUUCUAAUUCUUCAACAAGUCCUUCUCCCUCACGUUCCAACUCUCGAUCUACUACUCCUACCAGCAAUGGCCAUACCCGCACUCGAUCGCUACGAACAACUGCGCCUGUGUCGGCCCGUGCUGCUAUUGCCAGAAGGGAUACUCUGAGUGCUGCUGAAUCAGACGCUCGAGCCGAAGCUGCUGCUGCCGUUGAAGAUCUUCAGAAGCGCCUAGAGAAUGAGGAGAAGUCUUCCCUUCAAUACAAGCGUCAUGUCGAGGUUCUCCAGUCCAAACUCGACGAGGCGGUCAAGGAGUCGGCGAAGUUGGAGGAGAAAGCGCACGAAUACGAAGAACAGAUUGAGACUCUGAGUAACGAGAAGAGGGAGAUGACUCGUCAGAUGCGUGAGAUGGAGUCCAUUUACGAAGCGGAACGCAGUUCGAUUCUUAAAGAGAAGGAAGAAAUGGCCAGCCGAGAAGAGGAGAUGCAGGCCAUGAUCCAGCGCCUCAAGGACAGCCUUGCCCAGCGAAACAACAUGGCGGAAGAGAGUCGCCCUUCGAGACAACAUUCUGCCGGCUCAUCGCCAUCGCUCGAAAAUGGCAGCUUCGCACCUCCAUCUUCUAUUCAGCGCAGCGACUCGCGGAAUAGCUCGAAACUCAUUCUUCAGAAAGAUAAGCUCAUUGAGUCUCUAAGACUGGAACUCGCCGAGGCUCAGAUUAAGCUGGUCGAGUCAGAGAACCAGGGCGGCGGUCGCCUGCACGAGGUCGAACGACUCCUCAUGGAGGCUCGCAUGGCGAACGCUCGACUUAUGGAGGACAACGAGAGCUACCAGCUGCUUCUACAGGAGCGUACACUCAAGGGUGACUUUGGGCAGAACGACUUCAGCUACAUGGGCAGCAACUCCAACCAGGACGCCCUGGCUGCACUCGAGGGCAAGGCUGCUGGUUCUAGUCUUGCUGAUGAGUUGUCUGAGGCUACUGAGGGGGAAUCUGUCUCCGAUGGUGACCGCCGUCUUGAGGCCGAGCUGAAGUCCAUGAAGGAGCAGAACAAGGCGCUCACAUUAUAUAUUAACAAGAUUAUUGAGCGCCUUCUUCAACAUCAGGACUUCGAGUCCAUCCUCGACCAGUCGAGCGAUUUGAAAAGCCUCCCAGAUACCAACAAGGAGCUUCCUCCGGCCCCUGCCGACAAGCAACAGUCUGGGGCAACAAUCCUCCAGCGAGCCAAAUCCAUGGCGGUCGGGCCUACCAAACCGAGGCCUAGGCCAAUCUCCGUCAUGCAGCCCUCCACCAGCUCAAACCACACCGACCCUGACAAGGCACCUAGUAUACCGAUCGGGUUAUCACGUUCAACCAGUACAAGACGGAAUCCACGGCCUCAGAGCGACCAAUAUACUGGGGCUGCCAGCCUGGUCAGCCAGAUGUAUCGGGGGCCAGACGGCCCCGUCUCUCCACCACUUGGGACUCCACGGCAUUCCCAAACCUUCUUCUCCCCGCCGAACAACUCGGGCAACCCUAACGCGGCCGCCCGGGUGCCUAGCGGAGCCUCGGUGGCCACCUCCGGCAACUUUCCUGGGAUGCGGAGUGAGACGUCCAGCUUGAGCGGAGAGUCUGGAGAGUUAUCCAUGUCGACGCCGCCCUCGCAAUCACCACCCCGAACCCACAAUGAUAGGCACACAACGUCGUUCGCGGGAGGCAAGCCGAGGCCGCUUCGACUGGUCCAGGAGAACCAGGAGGCUGUCAAGGAGAACAAGCGAGCCAGCUGGUACUCGCCAUUCACCUGGGGGGCCAAGAAGGAGGACCAGCAGGUACCGUCCGGCAACCCCAUUCCCGAGUAGAGCGGAAUAGGGCUGUAGGAAGGGCCUGAGACUGGAGAGAAGAUGCUACGCAGUGACACAGAAUUAAUGAGACGUGACGCUUGGAUAUGUAUGUUCAUGGGGCAUCCUUGGGGACUGAUGACUGGUCAUGUACGAUUUACGUCAACAGAUAUAGCGGCGUUUGGUUCAUGGAUUAUCGUUGGCUGUAUCGACGCCGUCUCGCAAGCAAUGGGUGGUGUUUUAAGGAUUUGUCCUGUUGGUGCUUGGGAUACGUGAUGGACAAUUCCAAGCUAGUAUGGGAGCACAUGACUGUUGACGACGAACUGGGAAUGGAGGCAUGAUGUUUCUAGAUAUAGACUUACGGAAAGCACUCGUAUAGCGAGGUUACAAUCAUGAAUAUAGUUGACGAUAUUGGUUUUACGAAUCCAGGGGCUUCUUAUUAAUCUUUGGAUAAUGUCGAAUAGUGUUGUGUUUUUUCUAGGGCUGGCAUUUUAGGCGUCCUAUAGAUACGGAUGAAUGAAUGUACAGCGACACAGCCUGAACGGGAAUGUCAUAGUUGAUUCCGUAAGUGACAUAUCAUCGAAUCUUGAAGGUCAUUGAGUUACAAAGCUUUCCUCCAUCUUCCUUGCCCUUGCUGGCCUCAUAUGCAAUAUAAUACUACAUGUCAAACCUG